UAGCAAUGGGUACCAACACUUAGUUCCACUAAGUUCGUGGUGGAUCAGGUCAAGUGUUAAACAAGACCAGAUACGAUGCAUGUUGACACGCCAAGGGUGUUGGUGUGGCCAAAUCAGGACAUAUUCAAGCAUGGAAUACUGGCUGGAUUUCCUGCCUCUUUUGGCACAGCUGAAAACCUCUCAAAAUUCCUCAUGUACUGUAGAACAAAAGGAAAGAAUGGCUGGCCAAAUGUGUGUUAUGCUAUUUGGGAAAGCUAUGCUCAGCGUAAUUUCAACAUGACAUCAGAUUUAGCCUGCCUGUUUUUUGAGUCUUGUCGUCACAUUUGCAUGCCAACAAAAGACACUUCAGCGUGGGAUGACAGAUACUCAGCAUGCUCAUCAGAAGACACAAAGAGCAGGAUGAGAGACAAAGUGAGUGUUAACACUGUCCAUCUUGCACUUUACAUGUACUCUCAGAAUGUUACUCUCAUGCAGACUCAGAAGUUUUCACUUAGAUCAGAGGAGUUCCCGACAGACCGCAAGGCUAAGAAGAAAAGUAUAGACGUCAGGUUUAUUGAAACUUUCCUCUCUGAUAUUAUCAAAAUACUAUCAGAGCCUGAUAGCAAAGGACUCCCUCUUGAUAAGCAACCAAUGAGUGUAGCAAACGUUUCCUCGCUCGGUGUUAUGUUUACAGUGUACACAGAGAACUCUAUUCGUCCUUUACAUGAAGUAUUACAGCAACAAGCCCACGCUACAGUCUGCUCCUUCAGCAAGUUGACACAGACGUACAACACACAACAAGUUCGCACGUGGUUACUGGAUCACAUGCACGCUAACCCCUUUACCAGUAAGCGGUGUCUGAUGCACGGUAAAACAGUCUAUCAGAAACCUGGGAGACCACUCCGGAGAUCUUCAGAUAUCAGUCUCGAGAACGGGUCCUCCAACACCCUGACACGGUGCAGGAUAACAGUAAACGACCACGAAACACCCAAAGAACACCGGCUACUUGCCAUGCAGUACGUUUCCCGCCAAAUCUCGGUCCUGAGCCCUGAAACACUGCUGAACCACCGUGUCCACGUGACCCAUUGUAAUGACGCCUCUAUCUACCUGCUGUCCUCUAUGAAGUGUGUAUCUGUGAAGCAGUGUUCUAGGACUACCCUGGUUACUGGACCUGUAGCUGGGACUUUGUACCUGACUGGGUGUAUUAAUAUGAGGAUUAUCUCUAUCGCUAGACGUGUGGUGCUCAGGAACUGUCACAGUUGUAAGCUCUACAUCCUGACCCCUACCCGACCUCUCCUACUGGCAGGUUGUAACGAUAUCACCCUGGCUCCGUACAACACUUAUUACAGAGGAUUAGCAGGACAUCUGUCUCACGCCACCUUCAGUGUGGUUAAGAACUUCUGGGAUCAGCCCGCCUCCCCCAUGUGCCUGGAUGGUGGGUCUCUUCUAGGUGACAGUGGUAAAGUGUACCAGAAACUCCCUCCAGAACAGUUCCACCUCUUCUCCAUUCCCUUUAACACGGAGGGCACCACUACGGGCCUGGUGAACAAGUUACCUCCCGAAUACGAAGAAGGCACGAUGCGCGCACGUGACCGCGUCAACAAGUGGUACGACAACGUGCAGAAAUGCGAGUUGUCAGAAACACAAACGGUGCAACUAGCCGCCACCUUGCAGGCCCGCUUCCAUGACUGGCUCGAAACCACCGGUCAUCAUAAGGAGUUGGAGGCCUUGAUCAGACUGCGUGAUAAAUCUUAGAUAAUCAGAUAGAAUUAACUUGAUAAGUGUAAAUAGUUUGUUAUUAUUAUAAUGCUUUAUUAUGGGAAAAUUUAUAGAUUAGGCAAUAUAUUUGACUUAUUAGUAGUAUAGUAUUACCGUGGUUUGGUAAUCAUUUUGUAUAAAUUUCUAUGUUUUAGGUUGUAGUUGUUAUAUUUAAUACUGAUAUGAGGCAGUUUUACAUGACAUAUAAUCAUAAUAAGGUUACAUAACCAACAUUUUGUAGCCAUUUAAGUAAAGAUACUCAAUAAAUUUAGGUUUUGGCUUUGUACAGAGUGAUGUCAAAGGUCAACCUUUGAAAGGUGACAUAUUUGGAUUUUUGCAUUCGUUUUUUUUAUGGCAAGCUUUUUUGCCACUACUUUAAUGUUUGAUUUAUUUAAGCCUAUGACACACAGGGUGGACAGAAAGUAAUGAAAUAUCGACAUAAACAAUAUACCAACGCCACUGUGUUCCAACUUUAUAAAUUACAAAGCCUGACUUCUUAAACCACAAAACCUGAACACAAAUACAAUAUCUGAACACAUUUCAUUAAUUCUAGUCCAUCCUGUAGUAAUGUGUAGCAGAAUAUUGUAUUUAUGUGUUGUAUCAUUUAUCAUAAAUUGUGACCUGUAUAAUAUAAAUAUAAAAUUGUAAUUAUUAUUAACCCAGUUUACUGU